UGCGCUCUUUUUCUCGCCGUUUUGGCUCAUUUCUCGCUGUCCUCUGUGUUCAUUUCGCCCAUCUGUCUUCCCCUAUCCGCCCCAUCCACCCCACCGCAAUGAAGUCCCUCAGGCGGUCUCUCAACCACGAAAAAAACAACGGCUCGCCUCAACCAUCCCCGCCUCUUCCCACGUCCCAAUCUGCAACUCCCCAUGUCCUCGGAAGACCGUCGGAGAAAGUCGCCCCUCCGCAAAAGGUCAUCAAGGCCCUCGCAUCUCACCAGAGCACCAACCCCUCGGAGCUGAGCUAUAACAAGGGCGACUUUUGGUAUGUGACGGGCGAGAGGGGAAGCUGGUAUGAGGCUCUAAAUCCUCUGACUGGCUCGAGAGGCGCUGUUCCCAAGCAAGAUUUCGAAGAGUUUGUCAAAGGAGGAAAGCAUCCCGCGGGGGCCAAGUCAAUCGACGUAGGAAGUUCCAGACCAAACACCCCUUCGCAUCUACAAAACUCUCUCCAGAACAACCCAAGGUCUCCCGGUACCGGCGUGGUGUCUCCUCCAAUGUCUGCCGACAGUGCUCGCUCUUCCAAAAGCCCGUGCGUCCCACGCGUUUUGGUACUGCUCCUUCUCUAAUUCAGUCACAGGGUGUAUGCCAUCGUCCAGUACGACUUCCAAGCCGAAAGGCCCGACGAGCUCGAAGCGAAGAAAGGAGAGCCAAUUGUCAUCAUGGCUCAAUCAAAUCAUGAGUGGUUUGUUGCCAAACCCAUAGGCAGACUCGGUGGUCCUGGUCUCAUUCCUGUCGCCUUUGUCGAGGUCAGAGAUCCCAAGACUGGCCAGCCUGUUAGUAUAGAGCCCAAUUCCAUCCCCAUGGUUGAAGAAUGGAAGAAGAAGACGGCGGACUACAAGGCGGCUGCUAUUCCUCUGGGCAAGUUUGACAUUAUUGGUCCCGGUGUCACCAAUUCACCGUAUGCCCCCAAUCCUGGCAGCGCCAACGCGUCUCAAACCUCCCUCUCGCGCACAGGAUCUACCUCUGCUACUCUUGUCAAUCCGGUGACCGGUAGCUCUUCCACCUCUACGACCUCUACCACCCCUGCCCCUACCGAGCGCUCGUCAAGACGCGCCUCGUACGUGCCGGUAAAAAACGAAAUGCUCCCUCCUGGCAACCUGACAUCCAUGUCAGUCCUCUCGUUCCAUCAGGAAAACGGAGUCUACUGGUUCCGGCUCAACGUCAAUUUCGUACCCGACGACCCUACGGCAUCUGCUUACUCUUUCGGGCUUUACCGCUCGUACGAGGACUUUUACGACUUUCAAAUAGCCCUCCUCGAUACUUUCCCCUAUGAGGCCGGUAGGCCUGGUUCCGGGAACGGCCGAGAAACACCCGAGCGUAUUUUGCCGUAUAUGCCCGGGCCUGUCGAUUAUGAGAUUGACGACGAGUUGACCGAGUACCGCCGAGAAGAGCUGGACGUAUACGUCAAAGAGCUUCUGGAUCUCAAGUCAAAGGGUGCCGGACCUGUUCUGCGGCAUGAGCUUCUCAGGACGUUCUUUGCCACGCGACAUGGUGAUCACUACGAAAAGAUCUCUCGGGAAGACGCGGUGGAGGAGCUGCAAGAGCAGCUGGCAGAUGUCCAGCUCGACCCAAGGCUUAGCGGAGGUUACUCCCCCAGUGCUAUCCGCUCCCAAUCAGCUGCCUCUCGCCAUUCCCAGACAAACAACCAAUACCGCCACUCUCCCCAAGCCUACCAAGGCCACGCCGCGUCGAGAAGUGUCUCUUCCCGUGGUGCUUCGCCUCUACCGCAAGUGGAGACGCAUCAGCGAUCAGACUCUUAUGGCCGUCCGACCUCGGGCCGGCAAUCUGGCGCGGCGCACUACGUGUCGGGUGGGCCGUCCACUGGCGGUACCGCUUCGUCUUGGGGUAUCAACAACGGUCCUCUAUCGGCAUCUACUGUCCCCACGACACCCGGCACUGCGCCACAGCAAGCUGGCCCGCCGCCUUAUAUCAAGAUUAAAAUAUACGACAGGGCGACGGAUGACCUGAUUGCUAUCAGAGUGCACUCGGCGGUUACCUACGCAGACUUAUUUGAAAAGGUGCGGGCGAGGCUGGGGCCGGGGGUGUCGGUGUUGAGGUACCGGGUGUCGAUCAAUGGGCAAGAGGGAUAUAAAGAAUUGAGGGAUGAUGCGGAGCUGAGUGGAUGGCUAAGGACUGAAGGGCAGAAAUUGGUGUUGUAUGCGGAGCAAUGAUGAGAAUCUGCACUUCCGAUGCUAUAUACAAGCACGACAGAUUGUCGGAAGGGGGCGAUUGUAGAAUCCACAUCUUGCCAUUCAGCAUUUGAUCUAUUUUCUUUCUCACGACAUGUUUGGGUUUAGGUUCCAUUUACCGAUAUACCGAUAUAGAGUAGUAAUUUAGUAUUGCAACGUAGCAUGUAUCUAGUGUAUGUUUUCGUACCAUUCAUAGCUGAUUAGUGGUUACGUGACCUCCAAACAUCGCAUAGAGCACGCUCAAAGAUAGUGCAUGUACGAGUACGGUACGAG